CAUCGGCCUGAGAAAUUCACCCAAAAGCGAGCAUGAGGUCUCCCUACUUCCCAGCGAGGUCGGUGCUCUUCCACAAGGAGGCCAAUGGAGUGACCUACAGAGUCCCGGCUUUGUUGUACCUGUCCCGCUUCAGGUCCUUCCUGGCUUUCUGCGAGGAGAGACUGAGCCCGUCUGACUCCCAGGCUCACCUGCUCGUCAUGAGGAAAGGCACCUUCUACAGGAACUAUGUGGAGUGGAAGGACAUGUGUGUUCUGGGCACUGCCGCUCUGCCCGGUCACAGGUCCAUGAACCCGUGUCCCGUGUACGACGAGUUCACCGGCAUGCUCUUCCUGUUCUUCAUCGCCGUCCUCGGCCACACCUCGGAGUCCUACCAGCUGGUGACCGGGGACAACGUGACCAGACUCUGCUACAUCUCCAGCUCUGAUGGCGGAGACACCUGGAGUAAACCCACGGACCUCACCGAGACCGUCAUCGGAGCCACUAUCAAAGACUGGGCCACCUUCGCUCUGGGCCCGGGUCACGGCAUCCAGCUGAAGUCGGGCCGCCUGCUGAUCCCCGCCUACGCCUAUCACAUCGAGUGCAGAGAGUGCUUCGGGCAGCUCUGCCUGACCACCCCGCGCGCCUUCUGCUUUCACAGCGACACCCACGGCAGAAGCUGGCGCUUCGGCGAGGCCAUCCCAGCGCCGGAGAGCGUGGAGUGUCAGAUGGUGUCCGUGGACCAAGACGACGGCUCCAAUGUGCUGUACUGCAACGCUCGCAGCCCUCUGGGGUGCCGGGUGCAGGCCCUCAGUCUGGAUGACGGCGCUGCGUUUCAGGAGGGGCAGCUGGUGCAGCGCCUGGUGGAGCCUAGAAACGGCUGUCACGGAAGCGUCGUUGGGUUCCCCGCUCCGUUACAUCUCUAUAAAGCUCUGAGAGGUCACACAUCCCUCUGCAGACACUGGACAUCCUUUAUGGCCUACACUGACCACACCCACCUACCAAACUCACAGUCAUCACACAACUCCAGUCUGUCUCCAAACAUGCCGCCUGCACCCGAUCCCAGCCCCCCCCCAGACUUCCUGACCCCCACCUGGGUGGCGUAUUCCCACCCAACAUGGACCACCGCCCGCAGAGAUCUGGGUGUGUUUCUCAGCCUGUUUCCAAGAGAUCCGGACAGCUGGCGCGGCCCCUGGGUGAUCUACGAGGGCCCCAGCGCUUACUCUGAUCUGGCCUACCUGGAGCUGCCGCCUUCUCCCGGAGAGCCGCCGGCGGUGGCCUUCGCCUGCUUGUUUGAGUGUGGUACGAAGACGGCGUACGAUGAAAUCUCCUUCAGCAUCUUCAGCCUCUAUGAGCUGAUUAAUAACCUGCCGGGGGCUGGAGAGCUGGGAAGUGAGAGCGAGGGAAACGAAAGUCGGCGAGCAGGUGAGACCUGUGGCGAACAAGAGCCUCGGAGCGCACCGGUCAUCCAUCAGACGCCUCACAUGAAGAAGAGGAGGAGGAAGAGCAAGCUGAUGAAGACCUGCUCUGUUUCUUAAAUGUUGUUAAACAAAAUUGUCUUUUUCUUUACUCUCUUUUUAUGAUAUUCGUCACGAUUUCCUGUAAA